GCUGUUUUGUUUGCAGAUGAUGAUAAAAAAGUUGUUGCGGUUUUGGUUGAUCGCGGGUGUGCGGCGCGAAAAUUUACAGUUAUUUUUCGGGAAACUCCAGUAAACGGAAAGUGAUUGUAAUAUUUGCGUUGAUUUAGUGCUUCCAAAUCUAUUUUGCAUUUGAAAGAGAGUCAAUUGCAGACGCCCGCCGCCGCCGUGAUCAGUCGCGAGUUUGGAUUUAAGUUCAGCAGACGUAUCUCGUUGCUUCUCUAGCUCAACCAAAUUGAAGCUACAGCGGAUCGGAGAUCAUCUAUUGGAACGCGUUUUCGGUGCCAUCAUUUGCUCAUGAAGUGGGUGAGCUGAAUCAAAAACCGGAAACGGAUUAAGUGGGAAGUGUACUCUCAGCGAUAGUUCCAUUCAAAAAAAAGUAUCUCAGUGUGACUAGUGUUCAUAAAGUGUGUCGUUCUGGAACUUAGUUUCUAUUUUUUAUCUGCAUAUGUAGAAACGUAUUCUGUGUCGGCUAGAACAAGCUGUAUAUAUUUUUAUCACAAGUCGUCAACCCGGUGACGAUCGUGCGUGGAAACAGGUCUCUCCUAUUCAAAACUUCAUCAUAAUCGUUGGCUGUCGCGCGCAGAGAAAUGGUCAUUUCGAAGAUAUGCUGCAUCGGUGCCGGAUACGUGGGUGGCCCCACGUGCAGUGUGAUGGCCCUAAAGUGUCCAGAUAUCAAGAUUACCGUUGUGGAUCGCAGUGCCGAACGGAUUGCACAAUGGAAUUCCGAAAAGCUGCCAAUCUACGAGCCGGGUCUAGACGAGGUCGUCAAAGAGUGCAGGAAUCGCAAUCUUUUCUUCUCCACCGACAUUGAAACGGCCAUUCAGGAAGCAGAGCUCAUCUUCAUCUCAGUCAACACUCCCACCAAAACUUACGGAAAUGGAAAGGGUCGCGCGGCUGAUCUCAAAUUCGUCGAGGGAUGCGCUCGAAUGAUCGCUGAACUGUCGCAGAACAGCAAAAUUGUCGUCGAAAAGAGCACUGUGCCGGUACGAGCAGCGGAAAGCAUUAUGCACAUAUUGAAAGCCAACCACAAACCGGGAGUCAAAUAUGAUAUUUUAUCAAAUCCUGAAUUCCUAGCCGAAGGAACUGCCAUCGAAGAUUUGCUAAAACCCGAUAGAGUACUGAUUGGAGGGGAAGAAACUCCGGAGGGCAAGGCUGCGAUCGAGAAGCUGUGCUGGGUUUAUGAGCACUGGAUUCCGAAGAAAAACAUUCUUACCACUAACACGUGGAGUUCUGAAUUGUCCAAGCUUGCUGCUAAUGCAUUCCUAGCACAAAGGAUAUCCUCCAUAAACUCGCUAUCGGCCGUUUGUGAAGCCACAGGAGCAGAUGUCUCUGAAGUUGCACGAGCUGUUGGCUUGGAUUCGAGAAUUGGACCCAAAUUUCUACAGGCAUCCGUAGGAUUCGGUGGCAGUUGUUUCCAGAAGGACAUUCUCAACUUAGUAUACAUAUGUGAGGGUUUGAAUCUUCCGGAAGUUGCGGCAUAUUGGCAGCAAGUGAUUGAUAUGAAUGAGUAUCAGAAAACCCGAUUCUCACAGAAAAUUAUCGAAUGCCUGUUUAACACCGUCACCGACAAGCGGAUUUCAAUUUUGGGAUUCGCAUUUAAGAAAAAUACCGGCGACACUCGGGAAACUCCUGCCAUCACAGUUUGUAAAACACUUCUCGACGAAGGUGCGCAGCUAAAUAUCUACGACCCAAAAGUAGAACCAGAACAAAUCAUUGCCGAUCUGACGCAUCCCAAGAUAACAGACAGUCCCGAGCACGUGAAAAAGGUAGUUCAAAUCUUCUCUGAUCCAUACGAUGCAGUUCGUGGUACGCAUGCUAUCGUAGUGUGUACCGAAUGGGACGAGUUCAUUAAUCUCAACUAUGAGCGAAUUUACCAAUCGAUGAUGAAGCCGGCCUACAUCUUCGAUGGACGUAAAAUCCUGUCACACGAAAAACUCCAACAGAUUGGCUUCCACGUGCAAACCAUUGGUAAGAAGCUGAAUCGCAAUAUUCUCACCCGAUCGUGGGGAAGCAUUCCACAGCUGUAAGGACAAUGAGAAUGCAUUCCGCUUCCGCUGGGACUAGGCAACCACUACGAACAAAUACAUCUCAUCAACAGCAAUACCUCUCUGUGGAGGUCCUGUGAAGGUAAACUCAAGGUAUUAUGAAACAGUGAAUACGAAUACUUGACUAUUUAAAAGACCAAGCUAGAAUUAGGAUUUUGUGCGAACAAAGUAUUAUGGUAAAUUCGAGUGUAACAAUCGCAGAACACUUUCCAGUUUUCACUGUCUCUUAUCAAAUGAGCUGGUCCUGGAGGUUUGAAUACCUUUCAAUGUGUCCUAAGUUUAACACAUACAAACUAGUAUCCUUCAUAGUCUAAGUCCCUUAUGCACAAUUUAUGCUAAGAACAUUGCUGCAAUAUCAUGAAACACGUAACGUGUAAGCCUUUACUUUUCAAAUGUAUUGUUUGCCCUAUUAUACCUAAGUUAAAGUACGAAACUUUUCAGAAAAGUUGGUCUAUGUUUCAGAUUUUCUUUUUUUUUGCAGACAUAAAAUACUAAAUUGAUGCAUAGAUUUGA